AUGGCUGUACUAAGCAUUGUUUUAAUUAGUUUAUUGUCUGUUGCUUUGCCAAUAGAUGCUCGUCCACAAUAUUCUGAUGAUCCUAAUGGGGCGUCUGUUGGUCAAAAUGCUGGAAGUUUAGGAACGAACAGUGUUUUUCGUAAUGAUUUCCAUAAGUUGCCACCAACUGUUAAAACAAGUUUUAUCGUGAUGAUGUUGACAUCUUUCAAUAAAACAACCAAUGAUUUGAAUAAUGCUUGCCUUCAAAUUCUUGCUGGUCUAUCCGUACAAACUGAAAUGUGUGCAGAACUAAAGAAUAUGGAAACUCAAAGACAGGAAGCAUUCCAAGAAUUCGAUAAUAGCUUACAAGAUGGUUCACAGAAAACACUAGUCGACCAAUUUAACCAACAAGUAGUCAAAAAUAAUGAUAUGACAUUUGGGGAUAAAUGCACAAAAUUCUUUGAACUUUUGUCACAACUUGACGCACCUACUAAAGCCUUACUUAUGAAGAAUAUGGCUAGCAAAUAUCAGGGACAUGGAGGAACGCCUACAUUUGGCGGUUCUAAUGGAAUGAGUGGAGGUAUGCCUGGAAGCAUGUCUGGAGGUAUGCCUGGAAGUAUGUCUGGAACUCCAGGGGCAGGAGUCUUUAGUGGAGCUAUGGCACCAUCAAGUACUGGGGGUGCAACAACAACAAGUGGUGGCAGCGUUAGUCCUUGCAGUAUAAUUGAAAAUUUUAUGGCAAAAACAGCCGCGUAUGUUGAGAGUCACCAAACAACUGGCCCUCCAUCGAGUUAAACAGAAAGUUGGAAAGAUGAGCUUUUGUUGAUAAUAAUGAUAAAAGAUAUACCGAUAUACAUAAUUAAAAUGUGAAAUAAAAUAGUAGAGAAAAAAUGUUGUAAAAACGGCUUAUUUUAAUUAGUAAAAGCA